AUGUAUGCNAAUGUUUGGAACAAACUGUGUCGAUAUUUGUUAAUUUAUUAUAUAGUGGUAACUGUUUUGUUUAAUUUUUGCAACUCUACGAUAGAUUUAAACCUUCCUGAGCUACAAUAUUUAGCAGAUCAUCUCCACAAAGAAGAAUGCAAAAGACUUGUAGCGGCACUACACUUUAAAUCGUACGAUAAGCCUUGUCUUUUAGAUUUAGCGGAAAAUAAGGUACCGAGCGAUCCAACCUGUUUGGAAUUAUUAUUGCACUGGAAUUCAACUCCGGGAGAAGGGAAAGGAGAAACUCACGAAAUUUUAUUGCAUAGACUUCGUCAAAUUGGGAGAGACGAUUUAGCAGAUUGGCUUGGAAAAACUGUAUUUCAUCAAUUAGGAAAUGAUUUAGAAAGAGAAAUAAACGAAGCUUUAGAUGAUUUUCAAAACGUAACAGAAAAAACGCACAGAUACGAAGCCAAACCAACUUUUGCACCCCCCGUUGGUGAUGUAGAUCCAACAGAAUGGUUACCUUUUGAUACAAUUUGUUGGGUUUUAAUAUGCGGAAUAAUAAUAACAAUUUUGAUAACAACAUUAAAAGUGAUAUGCCUCAAAUGUUGCAAACGACCCAAAAAUAAGAAGAAGAAAAGGUAUUAAACAUUUGAACAACC